AUGGCCUCGUCGGCUUCGCUGGAGACGGUCAUGCCUUCUGCCUGCGUCCGGAGCGGAGCGGCCAACCCGGCCAAGACUCUGGCCUUCUCCAUCGAGAGGAUCAUGGCCAAGAGCGCCGAGCCGCCGCCGCCGCCGCCGCCCCACCAGCCCCACCAGCCCCACAAGCCUGCCGCCGCCGCCGCCGCCGCCUUCGAGGCGAGGCCGAGCGAGUCGCCCACCAAGAAGCUGCUGAGCCUGUGCUCGCCCAUCCCGUGCGUGAUCCCGAUCCAGCCCCUGGCCGGCUACGAGGUGCCCGCCUCGAAGACGCUGCUCAACUACUCGGAGCUGUGGAAAAGCAGCCUGAGGAACUGCGGCUCGGCGGCGCUGGGCGGCGGCGGCGGCGGCUCCUCGACGGCGGCGGGCGGCUUCUGCAAAGCCGGCUGCGGCGCGUGCUGCAAGGGGGACCUGCUGCACCACCACCACCACCACCACCAUCACCACCACCACCUGGGCCAGGCCGCGCUGCCCGGCCCGGCCCGCGGCGGGGUGAUCAAGCCCCAGGUGAUCAACCAGGCCCUGGCCAUGCCGGCCAACGGAUCUAGCCUCUACUACUUCAACUACCUGGACUCCUCCUCCUACCACCCGUCGGACAUCCUGCACGGGCAGCUCUUCGCCUCCAGCCUGCUCCACUCGCCCAGCGCCGCCGCCGCCGCCGCCGCCGCCGCCGCCCUGUCGGCCCACCAGAAACUCUUCCUCUUGGAAAACGCCAAGCUGGCCGCCUUGGCCCCCCCGCCGCCUCCGCCGCCGCCCCCGGAGAAGUUCCCCAACGCCCAGUAUCCCCACAAGGAGCGCCUCCCCGGGCAGCUGGACCAAGUCAUGAAGGAGAACACGGGCCUGGCCGGGGAGAGGCACGGCGCCAAAGCCCAGCACGCCAAACUCGCCGGCGGUGGCGGCGGCGGCGCCUCGGCCGACGGCAAGCCCAAGAACUUUACCUGCGAGGUGUGCGGCAAGGUGUUCAACGCCCAUUAUAAUCUAACCCGGCACAUGCCUGUCCACACGGGAGCCAGGCCCUUCGUCUGCAAAGUUUGCGGGAAAGGCUUCCGCCAGGCCAGCACGCUGUGUAGACACAAAAUCAUCCACACGCAGGAAAAACCCCAUAAAUGUAACCAAUGCGGGAAAGCGUUCAAUAGAAGUUCCACGCUAAAUACUCACAUUAGGAUCCAUGCGGGCUACAAACCUUUCGUGUGUGAAUUUUGUGGCAAAGGAUUUCAUCAAAAAGGGAAUUAUAAAAACCACAAACUGACCCACAGCGGCGAAAAGCAGUACAAGUGCACCAUCUGCAAUAAAGCUUUCCACCAGAUCUACAACUUGACCUUCCACAUGCACACGCACAACGACAAGAAGCCUUUCACGUGCGUCACUUGCGGCAAAGGCUUUUGCAGGAACUUUGACUUAAAGAAACACGUGCGGAAGCUCCACGACACCGCCGCCGCCGCCGCCGCCGCCGCCGCCACGCCUUCCGCGAAAGAGCUCUCAAGGACCGCGCAAACCUAA